CCCCCUGCCGGGCACCGCCCGCAGCGCAGCGCCGCCAUGAGAGCCGCGCUCGUGGGGUACAGCAGCUCCGAGGAGGAGGAGGAGGAAGGAGGAGGGGGGUCGCGGGGCAGGUCGGUGUGAUGGGGCAGCCGCCGCCUGCCCGUCCCCGAGUCCGUGCUGGCCAUGUUCGAGGAGGAGCGGGACGAGAAGCGGGACGACAGCGCUCUGCACGGCGGCCGCGUGCGGUGCUUCCCGCACGAGCGGGGCAGCUGGGCCACGCACGUGUACCUGCCGUACCAGGCCCAGGAGGAGUUCCUGGAGCUGCUGGAGCUGCUGGUGUCCCACGCUCGCACCUACGUCCCGUCCGUCACGGCCAUGGAGGAGUUCCAUGUCAGCCUGUCGCAGAGCGUGGUGCUGCGCUACCACUGGAUCAACCCCUUCAUGCAGAGCCUCAAGGAGCGCCUGGCCUCCUUCCACAGGUUCUUCUGUGUGGCUGACCAAGUGAAGGUGUACACCAACCAGAACAAAACCAGGACCUUUGUGGGUUUGGAAGUCUCUACUGGACAUUUCCAGCUGCUGGAAAUGGUCUCGGAGGUGGACAAGGUUAUGGAGGAAUAUGACCUCCCCGUAUUCUACAAGGACCCGUCCUUCCACAUCAGCAUGGCCUGGUGCGUCGGGGACCUGAGGGGCAGCCUGGAGGGGCAAUGUCUGCAGGAGCUCCAGGACAUUGUGGACACAUUUGAGGACUCUGCUCGCAUUCUGCGUGUCCAAUGGGAGCAAAUCCGCUGCAAGUCGGGCAACAAGUUCUUCUGCUUCCCCCUGAGGUAGGAGCCGACGGGGCCGUGCAUCUCACAGCCUGAAGGUCAGCAAAGAGACAAUCCUGCAGCACAGCUCCCAGCACCGUCACACGAACUCUGUGGUCUCCGAGUCUGAGCUGUGGGCUGAAGAACCAUGUUCCCGCAGCAGAUUGCUCGCAGCACAGCAGGCGGGAUGUGCUGCAGUCAGCACUGCCGGCUGCGCUCACAGCUGCGAAUUCUGCUGAUUUUAAAACAGAAAGGGGAAAAAAAACCACCACCACCCAACCCACCCAACCCGGCUGUGACGGCCGUGGGUGCUGGAUGGUUGGGAGCGGGGAGCUCGCGUGGGAAGCGCCUGGAGGCGGCUCGUCUGGCACAGUUGGAAGCGGCUCCGUCAUUGUCUGAGCGCUGAGCUCAGCGCGGAGCAUCCCGGCCUCACAACGAGCACGUUGUUGGUGUUAAUGUCAGUGCAGGCCGUGCUGCUCCGCGCUGUGCUGCCACGGUGAGACCAGCAGGGGGCAGUGCCAGCUCCGCGUUCCGGGCCGGGGGCGGCACGGGGGCUGGUCGGUAACACGGGGCCGCUCGGUAACACGGGGCUGGUCGGUAACACGGGGCCGCUCGGUAACACGGGGCCGCUCGGUAACACGGGCUGCUCGGUAACACGGGGCUGCUCGGUAACACGGGGCUGCUCGGUAACACGGGGCCGCUCGGUAACAAACACGGGCUGUUCGUGCGCUGCCCGGGCCGGACUCUGUGCUCGGCAAAGCUCCGCUCUGCGCGUUGUUCCGUGCGCCGCCUCCAUGUUUCGUGCCCCGGUUGUUGCCGCAAGGUCCUUCCGGGCAGUAAAUGCAUCUCACGGC